AUGACCGAAAGGGUGGAAGCCUAUUUGGUGAAGAAUAAGAGCAUCGCCCGCGAUGAUAUUGCUGAUGUUUGGCAGACAUUGGAACAGCUUUAUGUGAAAAGACUUUGGCAUCAGCUGACCGUGGAAUUGCGUAAAGUGAUUUGUGACGAUGCGUUCAUCAAGACGAUUGACCUGAAAGACUUCUAUGAUAAUUUUAUCAAUGAAUUCGAGCAUCGCAUCAAUCCGCUUCAGCUCGUCGAGAUUGUCAUUCCUGUGGCUAAAUCGAUCUUCAGAAAAAGUACUUCUUUCUCGGUCGACAUUUUUAAAAGAACUCUUCUGCAGAAACAGGCAGAAUUUCAGAAACAAUGCAUUCUUAUCCUUUGGCAGUUAUUGUUGACACAAAAAAAAAAAAAAAACUAA